CGUUCGUACAAAAUUAACCUAUUGCUUUUCUCCGACAGUUGCUGUGUUUUUCCACGCGAGGAAAGGACGCGGACUAAAGAAAUGUGGCUUAAAAGUGGCUAUCUGGUUGGAAAAGGAGAAAGGGAGAGACGGACAAGGGGACGGUGUCAGUGGAGGGAUUAUUUGCUUUAUGUUGUAAUUUUGGAAGAACAGCCGUAAAAGGUAAGAAAAAAGUAUUUUUUUUAAUCUAUUGAAAUUAUUUAUAUACAUUAAUUAAAAAAAAUAUUCCGUGAGAUUUGAAUACAUUAUCUAUAAAAGGUGAAUUAACCUUAAGUUGGUUCAGGCUACUAAAUUAGAAUGGACUGUUCAAAGGUAAGAAAAUUUUGAGAUUAAAAGUUCAGAUAAUGAUACGAUAGAAGUUAUGAUAUAUAAGUUAUGUUUUUUAAGAUAUUAAGAGAUUGAUUCUGUUGCUGAUUAUGGUAAUAUAUGUAUCACUUGAUAUAUAGUAAUAGGGUGAUCAUCUAAAAAUAAUUUUUUUGUAUAAUUUUUUUUAAUAAACACUUGCAUGCGUAGCAACUAUUCCCAUCUUUGGGCCUAUGAAAUAUUGAAGUAAUUAAUUUAAACGAUGAGGAUCAAUUUAAAAUGAAUUAUCAAUGCAAAAACCAAAUUGAAAGAAUUGAAAAUGCAUGAACCAGAUUUUAACAAACUGACACCUUGAGGACCGACUUUUGAUUAAGUUAAAAAACUUAGUGAACCCGAGCGCAUAAAAUUGAAACUGUUUGAUCAGGUUGACUUUCUUUUGAAAAAUUUGAUGGUUAACCAGUUUAAAAUGAAUUAUUUAAUUGGUUGAUUAUGAUUAAUCAAGAGAUAAUUAGGUA